AGAACCCAGACAGAGACAGCAAGAAGAAAGAAGAAAGAAGACUCCUUCUUUGUCUUGCAGCUGCUUUUUAUCUGACCUGCAGAGAGAAACAUCUCUAACAUCUGGACAGCAAUGGAGAACAUGAAUGCAUCAUCUSAGGCCGGUAAGCCGAGUCCAGCUGAGCUCAAGCAGAAGGACAGCAGACAGUUUAAGAGCAAAGCUCCCAAACCGGGACAGAAAGGCUUUGACAGCGCUCUGCCGGGGAUGGAGGGGCUGGACGACGCUGCCGUGAUCUGCCCCUGGGAGGAGUUUGGUGACGUAGAGCUGAGUGAUCUGGCUCAGUUUGGAACCGCCUAGAUCCCAGUCAGAGCUGGAAAAGCAUCCCGGCGUCGUUUUGUCUGGAGCAGAGGAGCGGGCUCUAGGCUGCAGGAGUCGUUUCACUGACCGGCUGCAGCAGUUGAGCCAUUGUUUGUUUGUUUUUUAUUCAUUUUUAUUUAUUUUUCAGCCAAAAGAAACCCAUCUCACGCAAUCAUGUGAUCAUAAAAUCUGAUUUUAAUCAAUGACGUAAAAUCUUACCAGAUUGUGAUGAAAUUACUUUAUUUUACUUUGAAAUCAAAUCCUCAGUCAAGUUACAGCGUUAUGAUAAUGAUGGGUCCAAAACUUUGCAAAUGUCUGUGUAAACAUGCAAAUUUGUGCAAUAAAUCAUUUUUUUCAGUCUA